AUGGUUCGAGGCACCUUUGGAAGUAUCGAUGAUACCUUGCGGACAUCAAGUGACGGCUCCUGUCUCGGCUUCAAUCGAGGUAAGGAUAUAGACUGGCACGGCUGGGUAGCAUUCAAUUCCCCUCCUCCCCGCUUCCGUCUUUGUAUCUACAUCUACAUAAGCUUCAUGUUCCCGCGAGUCAUGCCUUAUUACUCGAGAAUUCUGGGCACAACACGCAAGUUCUUGGUCAAACCGGCCACCCGUACACUGUCACAUUGGCACGCUACUCAGACCAUCCCCCAAAACAUGGCCCGCCAACUCACAGACGCUGACCGCGCUCGUGCACAAGCGUACCUUGACGCCAUGCAAGAUGCCAUGGCGGCCAUUCCCGAGUACAAUCCCGACCACAUCCAAGCAGCCUGUAAAGAAGUCGCUCGCGCGCACCCUAUUGACGAUGCGCUUCGCGAGGCGUACAGUGCCGAACUGCUGAACAGGAUGGCUGACCCCGUGUCCGUAUCACAUGUGCCAUCCAACUUCCUCAAGCUUGAUGCACCCUGGGGUUUGGUCGUGUACCGCGGUUCAUACAGCAACGAUGCAGCUUGGGAGCGCAUGCUGGUUCAGAUCCGUCAUGAUGUUGAUACGGCCCUCCAGGGACAGCAGGAACAGGCGCAGCGCCACGAUUUGGUUACCAUGGAUGACCGAUCCAGGUUCGACGGUGCAGGACCCGAUCAAGUCCGUCAUCACUUUAAUGAUUGGGCCGUCGACGAGCUUCAACGCAACUGGUCUCCUGGCACGCGGCCUCCCAGCAAAGACGCUCUUCUCAACGCCACAGGCAAUACGGAUUACUUGGACCAAUCGGGCCCACGCUAUAAUUUCUGUCUUUUCAUUGACGACGUCUGUCUCGAGUCACUCGACAAGAUGGCUAUUCCCGUUGUGAAGCUCAUCAACAGACGCUGGACCCAAGGCGGAGAGAGGCAGCAAAAGAGUGAUGCUGACGAUGGAAACCCGGGCUGGGAGGGCGGAGUAACAAACAAUGAGUUUGAGGACGUGGGCUGGAUGUACGUGCAUGUGUGCGACUAUGUGGAUGUGCAGAGUCAGCUAGAAGACGGCGAUAACUGGGCGGAUGUUUAUGUACGUCCGCCGUUGAUGCGGUUCGAGACCGAGUUCAAGGAUGCGCACGGGUUUUGGCGUUAUGGCAGCUCUUUGCGAGAUGGAACCGAAGGAGUCAGUUGA